AUGAGUGAUGAAUGGACUAUUCGAACAAACGCCCUCCCCCUCGGUGACGAGGGAUCCGACUAUCACGUGGGCUAUCACUAUCACAGGCCGGGCCUCAUCAAUGACGACGUGAUUGAUGAGGGACUCAAACCUGAUUCAAAACGACCACCUGGCUUCUUCCAUCCCUCUAAAUGGUUCUAUCGCUGGACCAUCCUCGCGCUGUCGUCAUGCUUCCUCUUUGCUGCCUACUUUGCCGAUGUCAUGAUCGGCUCCACCGCUCCUCUCCUCAUCUCCGAGGCAGGCUUUAGUUCCUUCCAAGUGGGAAUGCUGAUGUCGGCCACCGCCUUCCCCAGCGUCGUCAUCUCUCCCAUCUCCGGCGUGCUGAUCGACAAGAUCGGCACCAACAAAACGAGCCUGUUCUUCAAUUUCAUCAACUUCAUCGGCACCUUACUCUUCGCCUAUUUUGACAGCUUCUACGGCAAGCUCGUGGGCGCGCUCGUUCUGGGCGUUGGCUUCGAGCCCAUGGGCAUCGUACAAGACGGAAUCAUCGCCCGAUGGUUCAUGUGGAGCGAAGGCGAGCCCGUGUCGCCAUCGGUGCCCCUCGCCUACGGCAUGUCCUUCUCCGGUACCCUGCUGGGCCAGUUUUUGGGCAUGGUCAUCACCCCGGUCGUCGCCGAGACCAGCCUCAAAAUAGCUUUAUACAUCCCGGCGGGUAUCAUGCUGGCCAACUUCAUCUGUAACAUUUUUUUUGUGAUCCUCGACUACCGUGCUGCUCCCAUUCUGGGACUCGAUGAGGUGGACGAGGAGGCGGAGGAGUUCUCCAUCAAGCACAUCCUCCACUUCCCCAUCGUCUUCUGGCUCCUCUCCUUCAUCUCGCUCUUCAGCUACUCGCAGAUCUGGAUGCUCAUGACCUUCUCGACCGACUACGUGCACAACGAGUUCGAGGGCUACAGUACCAGCGACGCCGCCCACGUCAACUCCAUCAUGUACGGCAUCCCGUUGGUGCUGUCGCCCAUCGUCGGCUACUUCCUGCAGAAGACCAAACUGUUCGUCACCACCAUGACCAUCGGAGCGGUUCUGCUGGCCGUGGGCGAGCUCAUGCUCACCUUCACCUGGAUCCACCCGAUCGCCACCAUGACCGUGCUGGGCAUUGCAUACUGCUUGGUCCCGGCGGCCAUUUGGCCGAUGAUCAACGUGACGGUGCGGGAGGACAUGAUCGCCACGGCCUUUGGGCUGACCACGCUCAUCAUGGCCGUGGGCGGCGUGCUGGGUCCCAUCGGCCUGGGCUACCUGGCCGACGAGCUCGGCUCCUACCGAUAUCCCUUCUACGUUCUCACAGGGCUGGCUGGGAUUGGCGUGGUUCUGUGCCUGGUGAUAUGCGUGAUGGGCUGGGUGAAGAAGGAGAAGUUCGCGUGGAGCCUCAAUCAGUCCUACCAGGUGGUGGGCCGCGAUGAAGAGGAAGACGACGACGAGACGCAGGAGGACUGGGUGGAGCAGGCGCGUAUCACCGGCGAAGACGCCUGGGUGGACUACGCCGACUACGACGAUGACGAUGAUGACGUCGAUGACGACGAUGACGAGAAAGAGGUGAACGAAAGACAGGACAACUACAACUACAGCAACAACAUCAGCAUCAACGGGCGAGAGCACACGGCCAACGAACAACACGCCAUCGAGCGAAGGCCGCUGCACGGCAGCGGUGGAGGAGCCAGAGCCGAGCAAGGCACAGCAACAGAGAACGGUGGCGGCGCCAAGUACGGCACCAAUGGCGGGACUGUGGGCGACGCGCGAUCUCAUUGA